AUGGGGAAGACGAUCACCUUGAGUUGCACUGUGCCCGACACCCUCCCCAGCGGCCCUGUUGCGUGGUUUAAGGGAUCCGGGCCAAAUCGGAAAUUAAUCUUCAACUUCAAGGAUGAUCGCUUUCCCAGAGUAAAAGCUACUGCGGACACCAGCAAAGCUGGCAACACGGACUUCUCCAUCCGCAUCAGCGAAGUCUCUCUUGCAGACGCUGGUGUCUAUUACUGUGUGAAGUUUGUAAAGGAGAACAUGAACAAGGAUUACCAGUCAGGACAGGGCACCCAAGUGUCUGUUAUUGCUCCGCCUUCUCUGCCUGUGGUGAUAGGCCCCUUGGAGAGGGCCCUGAUUAAACAGGCUGUGAAUUUCAGUUGCAUGUCCUACAGUUUCUUUCCCAAAAACAUCACCCUGAGAUGGUUCAAAAAUGGGAAAGAACUCUCCUCCCUCCGGACCCAGGUGAUCGAAUUGAAGUACGGUAGUGGUGACAAAGUCUUAAGUAGCACUGAGGUGGUGCUGGACCCAAAGGACUUCAAUUCUCGUGUCACCUGCAACAUGGACCACCCAAGCUUUCCACACCCUCUUCAUGGGAAGACCGAGUUGACUGACACCAUGCUAGCUCCGCCAACUGUGUUUAUUUUUCAACACCCUAUCUCAAAUGACAAGAUAAACGUCUCCUGCAAGGUCAAGAAGUUCUACCCCCAGAACGUCCGCCUCGCCUGGCUGAAGAAUGGAAACACCUCCCACAUCGAUGAGACCCUGAUCUCCACCAAAGGCAGAAACGGGCUGUACAGCGUGCAGGGCUCCAUCUUGGUGGCGAACGCUAACCACACGGAGGACAUUCUCCUCACCUGCCAGGUGGAGCAGGACGGGAGGCCCGAAGUCACUGAAAAAACAUUCUUGCUCUCCUCGUACCUGGACAAGCCUAAGAUGUAG